UGAUAAGCUUGAAGAUGAUUAUCAAAACCAUAUCAAAACAUUUCUUUCUAAAAUGUUACGACGGGAAAAAUUCCUAACCUUAUGCUGUAAAAUAUCUAAUAAUGUCAGAAGAAAAAACUACCUCGGUUAAAAUUGAACCACUAGAAUAUUCAGCAGAAGAUCCUCAAGAUGAAGAGGAUAUUAAGUCUGAAUCUUGUUCAGAGAAUGGAGAAACAUGUCUGGAAAGAUUUAUGAAUUCUAAAAUAACUGUAGAGGAAGAAAUCAAACAGGAAUUAAUGCAGACUCCUAUAAAACCUUUCGUAUGCACAAUAUGUGAUAAUGCAUUUGCUUUAAGACACCAUUUAGAUCGACAUAUUAUUGCUCAUAACAGAGAACUGCCAAUUCAUGCCGGAGAACUUCUUUUGAAGUGCAAAAUAUGCAACAGAGACUUCCAUUCAUCAAAAGGUUUGAAACGACACAUGUACACUCAUACUGGAGAACAGCAACAUAUUGCUCAUAACAGAGAACAGCCAAUUCAUUCUGGAGAACUUGCUUGCAAAUGCAAUAUAUGUAACAGAAACUUUCGUUCACCAAAAGGUUUGAAACGACAUAUGUUCACUCAUACUGGAAAACAGCAACAUAUCUGCAAAAUAUGUGAUAAGACAUUCACACGAUUGAUUCGAUUAGAGAAACACAUGCUUAUUCAUUCUGAAGAACUUCCUUAUAACUGUGGAAUAUGUAACAAACUAUUUCGUUCCGUAUAUAGUUUAAAAAAACAUAUGACUAAUCAUUCUGGAAAUUUUCUUCAGAAAUGUGGAAUAUGCAAUAAAUCAUUAGCACAAUCUGAUGCUUUAAAUGCACACAAGUUUAUCAAUUCUAGAGAAUUUCCUUAUCAAUGUGAAACAUGUAGCAAAUCUCUUCAUGCAUCAAAAACUUUAAAUAACCAUAAAGCUCAAUAAUAUAAAAUAUAUGAGAAGAGACACUUGGGUGCUCAUGUGAAAGCCAGUGAAAUAUUUA